AUGGCUUUUGGAUCUACACUCUGCAUUGCCUUUGGCGAAAGCUUUCGAACAGAGUGUGAUGUCGAGGGCACCGAUGGUGCAGCUGGUGCUGGUCCUCAAGAGCACAUCCCCCAAAUCCUGGAUGCCCUCAACAUGGCAUACAACGAGCAGGCUCUGAAUGCUUCCUGGAUGUCUUUGGACAGUGUGGAGGUGGCUAGAGAACACAUAAAGCAUGCAAAGGGAUCCAAGGAAGAGCUUGCUGAGGACACUUAUCUUUAUGGAGAGAUCCACCCUUCCUCCACGGCCGCCCUCUUGCGAUGCCUGGGCCUGAGAACUGGCGCCCGUUACUACGACCUCGGCAGCGGCACCGGCAAGACGGUGCUGGUGGCAGCGCUCCUUGGCCUGAACGCGACCGGCGUCGAGGUUGUGGAAAAGCGAUCUCUGGCAGCACAGGGGGCGGCCAGGCGGAUAGGAGGCCAAGGAGUUGCAAAGGACAUCUGCCCCCCGAGCUUCCUUCAUGGCAGCCUUCUCGACGUGGACUUCUCCGACGCGGACAUCAUCUUUGCGAACUCCGUGCUCUUCCCGGAGGAGUUGAUGGAGGGCUUCUCUCGCAGAGCCGAAGCUUUGAGGCCAGGGUCCUGGGUGGUUUCCUACUGGAAUCUCCUGGGCCCCUGCUUCCGAAGCAUGGGACAGUUUUCCGGCUCAGUGACCUGGCAAGCUGAAGGCCUCUUCACAUGGAAGGUCCAGCAAGCGCUCUGCGGACGGAGGGCUCUUGGAGCAGAGGAGUUGUAG